UACGCUAAUCAUAAUGAUUGCAAGUUUUUAACAUUAUUUCGUUGCAGACACUGUAUUGUUUCUCCAAAAUUGCCGGGUCGUAAAGUGCCUGCAUUGAAGAGCUCUCUCUCUCCGCCAUCAUUAUGCAAUCUAGAGGACAUUCAUGAUUACUUGUUGCCAAUGCUGAUUGUACUUGGACCAAAUCUGCACCAGGAUCCUAUUCUAAUGUAUAAAGUGAUGAGAUUGUGUCACUCCGCUAUAAAACACUGUUCACUUGACGCGAGCAAGCAACCAUUGAAUAAGAACUGCAGUCUCUAUUAUGAUGUUCUGACGAUACUUGACGUCGCGCUGCUACCUUCUCUUUCCUUUAUGGAUUGCAACUGUUGUGUUGCUGAGGAAUUGUGGAAUAUUCUCAAAUAUUAUCCAUAUCAGAAUCGCUAUUGUCUGUACGCGCGCUGGAAGAAUGAUACACCUUUACAACAUGCUGCAUUGCUGCGGAAACGUGCAGAUGCUCAAAAAAAGAUCAAGUCGAUCAUGAAGCGCGUGAGCAAAGAAACGAUCAAGCCAGUAGGCCGGUCAAUAGGAAAACUUACGCAUUCUUCACCGGGUGUACUAUUUGAUUAUGUCCUCAUACAAAUCCAGUUAUAUGACAAUCUCAUAGGACCUGUGGUGGAUUCUUUAAAAUACUUGACAAAUAUUUCAUACGAUGUUUUGGGAUAUUGUCUUGUAGAAGCGUUAGCGGGUGCUGACAGAGAUAGAUUUAAACAUGAUGGCACCAGUAUAUCCUUAUGGUUACAAUCUCUAGCUUCUUUUUGCGGAGCAAUAUUUAAAAAGUAUAACAUCGAAUUAACAGGGUUGUUACAAUAUGUAGCAAAUCAACUUAAAGCUCAAAAGAGCCUAGAUUUAUUAAUAUUAAAAGAAAUAGUACAAAAAAUGGCUGGUAUCGAGGCCGCCGAAGAAAUGACGUCUGAUCAACUCGAUGCUAUGGCAGGCGGAGAUCUGUUAAAAAAUGAGGCCGGUUACUUUAGUCAAGUCCGCAACACAAAGAAAUCUUCACAGCGUUUGAAGGAAACUCUCGCCGAGCAAGACCUCGCAGUUACUCUGUGCCUGUUAAUGGCGCAACAGAAACAUUGCGUUGUUUACAGAGAGACGGAUAAAUCUCAUUUAAAACUCGUUGGCAAGUUGUACGAUCAAUGCCAGGAUACGCUCGUGCAAUUUGGGACUUUCUUGGGUUCGACUAUGACAGUAGACGAGUAUGUGGAGCGACUACCGUCGAUCCAUUCUAUGCUUCAGGACAAUCACAUACAUGCAGACGUCGCAUUUUUUUUGGCACGGCCAAUGUUUGCGCAUGCCAUAAAUAUAAAAUAUGACGCUCUCCGUAAAGCUGAUCCGAAUUAUAAGAAAAUGUCCACGGCUAUGAAGCAAUUAAAAUACGCGGAAGCUGCGCAAACCGUUAUGGCACCUGUUGCUCAGUCUGUCAGACCGUUGCACCCUUUAAAAGUUUGGGAGGAUAUAUCGCCGCAAUUCUUAGUUACGUUUUGGUCUCUGUCGAUGUAUGAUUUAUACGUACCGGUGGAGAGCUAUCAAAGAGAAGUCGGCAAGUUGAAGCAACUUGCAGUUCAAACUGUUGAUUCCAAAGAUAUGAAUAUAAGUAAAGGAAAGAAGGAACAAGAAAGAUAUACCACUCUUAUUGAAAAGCUACAGGACGAAAAAAGGAAACAAGAAGAACAUGUCGAAAAAGUUUUUGCAUACCUGAGACAAGAAAAGGAUACAUGGUUUUUGUCACGAAGCGCUAAAUCGGCGAAAAACGAAACGAUAACACAGUUUCUACAGUUGUGCCUAUUCCCGCGGUGUACAUUUACAACUGUAGAUGCCAUGUACUGUGCGAAAUUUGUACAUACCAUCCACUCCCUGAAGACUGCAAAUUUUUCAACUCUGCUUUGUUAUGAUCGU